AUGACUGACGGUUUGCACCUGAAAAUCGACGUGAAGAAAGAGAAGAAGUCACGAAUAUACAAAAUCACCUGUGGCAACAACCCAAUGCCCAUGUAUACGGUGGAAGUAAACAAGAAGUCGAAGCCCCAUGCCAAAGUGAUCAAGAACAGCGCACCAUUUAGUGCUCAACCUCCACCUCCACCGCCUGUUCAAUACCAACAACCCCCUCCAUAUGGUUUCCAGGGCCACAACCCACCACAGCAAUUCAAUCAGCCAUACAACCAGCAGUACCAUCAGCCAUACCAUCAGCCAUGCCACCAGCCAUAUAAUCAACCGUAUAACGCACCCUCCCAGCCUCAUAACCAAUCGUACUACCAAAGCUUCAGCAAUUAUCAACCCCCGCCAGGCCAGGUUAUCGGCACAAUAACAUUUCACGACCUCUCAUCCAAGAUAGACGUCUCAUUCAACGGUGCCAAUGCAUCGAUGAAACGCCCUGAUCCUCUAGCUUCAGGCCGCAAGUUCCAGACUCCCAACAUGGGCAAGAUGCAGUGGAAGGAAGAUGGCCUGUUCAGCAGUAAUCAGAAACUUGUGGAUGAGAGGCGUAACGUGAUUGCCAAGUACAAGAAGGACGACGAUGAGAUCAUUGUCUUGCUGCCACCGAAUCAGAUCGACCUGCACUUGGAUAUGAUUGUUGUCACUGGCAUCGCGAUGAUCGACGCGGAAAGAAAGUCCGACAGUGAUGGAGAUUUAGUGGAAGGGGUUAUUGAAGUUAUUGCUGGAUAG